GCCACACCCCGCACCGGCCGGGGCUCCGUGACGUCGCACGGAAGGCAUUAAAAGCUCCGACCGUCGGCGCUUCGUCAAUCUGCGGGCGGCGUUGGCGUGGGAGUGUGCGUGUGCCCGUGCCCGGGAGGAGUGUGCGUGUGCCCAGGGGGCGGCGGCUGCAGAAACAAAAGUAAUAGGCGCCGAUACAACUUGUUCAUUUCGCCUUUUUCGUGUUGAGCGGGCGGCUGCCGUUUGUUUCUAUGGGCUCAGAACUUGUUAGUCUCCGGUUUCUGUAACGUCGCAGUCUUUUGUUUCCCGUCUCGUCCAGUUGAUCGGUCGGUCCUCCGAAACUUUACGGUCCUGUGCUCGGGUCCACCGAGGCUCCUGGAGCAGCAGUAAGAGAAGCAGACUGGAGAUCGGGCUCUAUGUUGCUUAUUUUGUUAGAUAGACGCGGUAAACACGCGGUUUAAUAAUAAGAAGCACUCACCACACCUUUGGAUUUUGAUUGCUGGCUCGCUUUUGUGAAAUAACUACGGACCAGCAGCUGCAGAGGCCCGCCAUGGUGAACAGCCAGGUGCCCGGCGGCAGCCCCCCCAGGGCCUGUGCGGGAUGUGGGGGCCGCAUCGCUGACCGCUUCCUGCUCUUCUCCAUGGACCGAUACUGGCACACGCGCUGCCUCAAGUGCUCCUGCUGCCAAGCCCAGCUGGGCAAGAUUGGCAGCACCUGCUACAGCAAGGGCGGCAUGGUGCUCUGCCGGGAUGACUACAUCAGGCUAUUUGGACACAGCGGGGCUUGCAGUGCCUGUGGCCAGUCCAUCCCUGCCAAUGAGAUGGUGAUGCGGGCCCAAGGAAACGUGUACCACCUUCAGUGCUUCACUUGCGCCACCUGCAGGAACCGGCUGGUGCCGGGCGAUCGAUUCCAUUACGUCAACGGCACCAUCUUCUGUGAGCACGACCGCCCCGGUGGAGGGAGUGGGACCCUGCUCAGCAGCCACCUGCCCCCCCUGCAGGGCAACACAGUGCUGCCUGACCAGAAGGUGUGCUGAGGUGUCUGUCUGCAGCUGCAGUGUGCCUUUGCCCCUCCUGCCUCUGACCCAUCAGUCAUCUUGCCAAGACUCCACUCUGGUGUCGCUGUCGUAUGCCCCCCCCCCCCCCCCAAAAAAAAAAAAAAACGCACCCUGCUAUCAAGCUGUCGCUGGACCACAAUCGCUUUGAGACACCAACGUGCUUUUCAUGUAAAUGUGUUUGUGUUUGAGCGAGCGGCUCAAAGCCCCAGGACAAUCGCAAGGCAUCACCGGGUGGCCCCCAGCCCCACGGUCUCACGGGGGGGGGGGGUGGACUGCAUCUCUCAUAGCCAAGGAAUCAGUAUGGGGGGGGGGCUGUGUGGGCGGAGGGGGACUAAGGACUGAGAUACAUCACCCGUUCUGCCUCAGAAACAUUUAGCAGACUCAUUAGCAGAUUUAAGACCCCCCCCUCCCUUCAAAAAAAGUGUUCUGUUUAACAUUUGUCUUGUUUAACAAUUGUACCCUGAAGAUGGACCAGCUAAGGGGUGAAGCCAGAGGUUAAAUGGGAAGGGUGGGAUGGCUACUGCCGUAAGGGAUUCUGUAAAAUUUGGGGGGGUUGGAGGGUGGGACAGAACUGUAAAUAUGUUUGGGUUUUCUUUUUUAAAAACGGGACUGUAUGUUCUGUGUUUGGAUUAUAUAGCUUCUACAUUUUAUUUACCAAUGGAUGUCUUUAAGAUACUGUACUCCGUGUGAGAAAGUCGCUUAUUAAACGAUGACAGUGACGAUC